CUCAGAUUUUGGCGCUGUGCAAGGUCCAGAAGCCGUUCACUCAAAAAUGAAGCCCCGUACAUCCCAAGAAAGUUUCGGAAAAUGGGAUAGCAUUAUGCGAGAACGACCGAGUCGUAGGGAUUACAAACUUCGACGGUCACGUAGGAGCUCGUCGAACAGAUCCAAAUCCGUGUCGAGCAAGAGAAGCUCCAGGGCCUCCUUGAAAAGGAAAAGCAAGAAGAAAGACGGAAAAUCCAAAUCGAUUGCUAGCAAGAGAAGCACUCGAUCCCAUCAAGAAAAGAGUAACCAGGAGAAGAGCAGAAGCUCAUCGAAAAAAGCCGUGAAGUCCCGUAAAUCGAGAAGACCCUGGCGCAUGUUUUGUAAAACUGCUAAGUCGGAAAGCUCGAAGAAGUCCAUGUCUAGCAGAAACACAACUCCUCCAGCAAGUCCUGCCAAGCUGACCCCCACCUCACAAAGAUCCCUUCCAGCAGGACGGUCUUCCAUAUCAGGGUCCACAAAGCGCAAUCAUGCGAAAUCAAAGCAAAGGAAAAUACAAGGUCCACAAAGCGGAAGUGUAAGCGCAAGGGAAAAAGGUGAGCCGAAAGCUGCAUG